GGAAUGCCACCCACUGCAUGCAUACAGCGAACAUCCUCCUUCGAGAUCCUUUCUUUAACGACCUGAAUAAUCAUCCUCUCUAAAAGUUUACUUUUUGUGUCCCUCUCCCUUCGUCUGUUCGUGGCAUACUCCGUAUUUACUCAGCGACCUCCCAUUCCCCUCCACCCACCACCUCUCAAGGAAACACUACCACACAGACUCUCUCUCCGCCCCGCGCAGACCGCCUCUUCAAAAUGGAGCGCAAGAACAAACCGGCCUCGAUCCCCGUAUCCCCCUCCAUGGCCCAGCCGAUAGUCGACCUCAGUGACAAUAUCCUGACGGCUCGCCUUCCCACGGGAGAUUCGGUCACCGUCUACCUCUACGGAGCCACCGUCACAUCGUGGAAGACAUCGAACGGCCAAGAACAACUCUUUCUGUCUCAAGCAGCGGCUCUCGACGGCUCCAAACCAAUCCGCGGCGGUAUCCCUCUCGUCUUCCCCGUCUUCGGCCCUCCCCCCAAAUCCCACGCGACCGGGCAAUUACCACAGCACGGGUUCGCGAGGAAUAGCCACUGGGAGUUUUUGGGGAAGAGCACGAGCGAGAACGUAGGGCGUAAAGCCGACGGUAGCGUCAAGUUGGACUUUGGACUGAGCAGUUCGAUGCUGGAUCCCGGUGUGCAGAAGAAGUGGGCGUAUGAUUUCGGUCUGGUCUACAGUGUCACCUUGGGAAAGGACAAACUGGAAUGUCAAAUGCACGUACAGAACAAGGGCAGUGAGGCGUUCGACUUUCAAGUCUUGUUCCACACGUACUUGGCCGUCAAGGACAUCUCCAAAACAGCAGUCAAAGGUCUAACCUCCUCACCCUACGUCGACAAGGUCCGGUCGGCACAGACCUUCACCGAAGACGCGACCUCCCUUUCCUUUUCCGGCGAAACGGACCGAGUCUACACGCCUCCAGCCGGCAAGGACGGUGCUUCUGUCCCGCUGGUCGUGACGGAGAACGGGACCGACAGUUUCGUCGUGACUCGAGACUCCCUACCCGACGUCACGGUGUGGAACGGAUGGGAAGACAAGAUCAAGGCCAUGGGUGACUUUGAACCCAAGGACGGGUGGAAGAGAUAUCUGUGCAUAGAACCCGGCGCGGUAAGUUCAUGGACGAAACUCGACGCCGGUGAUGCAUGGGAAGGUGGUUGUUCUUUUGAGAGUAAACUGUGAGAUGACACGAAUUGAAAUGGAAAGUCAGUGGACAUGAGGUAAUGACCGUUGACGGAGAGAUUUUAUGACACACGCGUGAAGGCAUAGUGCAGCAGCCAUGGCAAGAAGGAGAUCAUCAGUAUUACAGUACUCGGACUGGCCUGGCCCGGACUGUAAUGGGCCGGAAAUGUUGUGAAGAGAGUCAGCAUGAGCAUCAGGGGUAGAAAUGAGAAUACAGCUUGACUCUGUGACGGUAAUACACAAGGCAUGAACAAAACAGAAAUGUAAUUGCAGCCGUAGCUCUUUGGCGUGGCCGCCCGUUGAUUGAUACCUCAUUGAGUUGAGAAUUUUUGUUUUU